UUAUUUUCGUGGACAGAUUUUGGGCGGAGUAAAACUAUCUCGCUUCGCCUCUUCCUCUCUGUCGAAACGCACGUUUGAAUGAUAUGGCCUUGGAUGCUGUGUCUCUAGCAACCUUUUCUACGUAGCAUCAAAGAUUGGCAUUGCAGUAGGCACUGUACCAUAAUAAAGGAGGAACCCUUCUACAGGUAGUUCCAGAUCUCCACCUCAAUGGCCCCACACCCAGUGGUGCAGGCCAUCAUUGACCUCUCAGCUGGAGCUAUAGGAGGUACAGCGUGUGUGCUGAGCGGUCAGCCCCUGGACACAGCCAAGGUGAAGAUGCAGACCUUUCCCUCCUUGUACCGAGGCUUUGUCCACUGCUUCUCCUCCACAUACAAACAGGUGGGUCUCCGAGGGCUCUACCAGGGUACCAGCCCAGCCCUGAUGGCUAACAUCGCUGAGAAUUCUGUCCUCUUCAUGAGCUACGGAUUCUGCCAGGAGGUGGUUCGCACAAUGGCGGGACUGGGAACGGAGGCUCCACUCAGUGACAUGCAAAAAGCCUGUGCUGGGUCGGUUGCAUCCAUCUUCUCCUCUCUGGUCCUGUGCCCCACUGAGCUGGUCAAGUGUCGUCUUCAAGCCAUGUACGAGAUGGAAGCGUCUGGCAAGAUCGCAAAGGGCCAAAACACGGUGUGGUCAGUGGUGAAGUCAGUGAUGAAGCAAAAUGGUCCUACAGGGUUUUUCACAGGCCUGACCACAACCAUCGCCAGAGAGGUGCCCGGGUACUUCUGCUUCUUCGGGGCCUACGAGCUCUGCCGAACCACCUUUGCUGACAACAUGAAGUGCAGCAAGGAUGACAUAGGAGUGGCCCCUAUUGUGUUCAGUGGGGGUUUCGGGGGUGCAUGCCUGUGGCUGGUGGUCUACCCCUUUGACUGUGUCAAGUCUCGCAUCCAGGUCAUGUCAAUGAUAGGGCGCCAGGAAGGUUUCUUCAAGACCAUGAUGACUAUCAUGAGGACUGAAGGUGUAAGGGCGCUCUAUUCUGGUUUGACUCCCACCAUGCUCCGCACGUUCCCCGCCAACGGAGCCCUGUUCCUGGGGUACGAGGCCAGCCGUAAGUUCAUGAUGAAACAGUUUGACAGCUGACCUGGUCCUCCUCCGACAACGAUGUCCCCCAUCUCUUUUUUUGCCUUGUCAUUUGUACUGGUUAACCCUACUACGUUGUCGUUAACCUCCUACAACACUCCGAACUGGUUGAAAUGACCUGAUUUCAAUGAGUUCUGGUUGUAAGUGGGUUGAGCUUUGCCCGCUGGGUUGGGCUCGGAACCCACACUCCUCAGAGAAGCAUUGUGGCUAAUAUUAUGUUUUUAGAUACUUGACUUAAAUGUGAAUAAACAAUGAGUGAACAAAA